AUGGAUGGACCUUACGAACAAAACGACAAUAAGGAACUGACUGGAUUUAAAGGGAUUUGUCAGUUCAUGGCAGCAGAGGGAGUUAUUGGUGUCUUAGGGAACCUCUUGGUGUGCUACGUCAUCUUGCGUGUCAAAUUCUUACACAACAUGACGAACUACCUGCUGGUGAAUUUGGCUGUUGCUGAUAUGCUGCUGUGUCUUCAAGCAGUAUGUUUCUAUCUCGUUACGCCAGCCUGUACGCUUAUCGCGUUUGCUCCCGUAAACAUCGGCGUGAGGGACUUGUUCUGCCGACUUGUAGCCUCAAAAUUUUUAGCAUGGGCAUUGGCCUUUACCUCUGCCUACAAUCUCUGUUUGGUUACAUUAGAGAGGUACAUUGCCAUAGUACACCCUCUACACUAUGCGAGGAAACUCACAACAGCAAGGAUGGUUACUUUAGUUGUUAUGGUUUGGGUGAUAUCGCUGUUAUUGUCCGUACCUUUUCUUUUUACAAUCCAAUCCAGUGAUGACUCCAGCAAGGUUUGCUCAGCAGUAAGUUAUCCACAUCCUGCUUUCCCGAUUCUGGUCAGCUUAUUUUCAGUUUUCUUUGCAUAUUUGCUGCCUCUAACAUUAAUGAGUUUGGCCUAUUAUAAGAUGCAGGUCACUCUCAAGAGACAAGCAAAGGCCCUGAACAUGCAACAUGCAAGGGCAGCAGCCUAUGAUCUUGUGAUCGCUAGACAGAACCUGGUCAGCAUGCUUAAAACUGUCUUGGGAGCUCUCAUUGUCUUAUGGACACUGUGUUAUUUAGCUACCCUUCCCUGCUUGCAUCGAACAGAGCAGGGUGUGUUCUCCUUCUGUGGAACACAGAGCUACCGCUAUACCAGAUUAAUAUCUGUUUUACUGUUUAAUUUCAAUUCAGUCAUCAAUCCCAUCAUCUAUGAGUUUAAAUACAAGAAAUUCAGGCAAGGUUUUAAGAUAGCUUUCUGCAGCUGCUUCAAAAGGCAGGGUGGUAACAGAGUUAUGGACGUUGCGAUGGUACCAAUAUGA